CUGACGCCAAGUGGAACCCUCUCUCUCACACACACACACACAAACACACACACACGCCAAUCUCUGCUCCGGGUAAGCGGCAGAGACGAUGCCUCAGGAGACGUGACGACCGGUAGAUUCUGAAGCAAUGAUGGAAAAGCCCGAACAACACGAGCAUUAGCUGCUGCAUCUCCUAAAACAUGGCGAGGAGGAGCCGCCGGUGAGAGCGGCGCAGGGAAGCGCUUUCCCGGGGAGGAAGGACCGACGCUCUCCUUGUCUCGUAAGAAGACAACGGAGGAAAAAAAAGGGGGAAUCGAGCUAUUUAUACGUGGACCUCUGGGAACAUUCACCCGCGACAGCAUGAGCGGCGGGCCGGAUGAGAGCUCGGUGCGGGUCGCCCUGAGGAUCCGUCCUCAGCUGGCCAGAGAGAAAAUCGAGGGCUGCCACAUCUGCACGUAUGUGAUGCCUGGCGAGCCCCAGGUGUUCCUGGGCAAGGACAAAGCUUUCACCUACGACCAUGUCUUUGACAUCACCACCCAGCAGGACAGCAUCUACACGCACUGCACCGAGAGUCUCAUCGAGGGCUGCUUCGAGGGAUACAAUGCCACCAUCUUUGCAUACGGACAGACUGGUUCGGGAAAGACGUACACCAUGGGAACCGGCUUCGACGUCAGCAUCGAGGAAGACGAGCUGGGCAUCAUUCCGCGUGCCGUCAACCACCUGUUUAGAGGGAUCGAGGAGCGCAGACAGGCUGCCACUGAGCAGGGCAGGCCUGUUCCCGAGUUCAAGAUCAACGCACAGUUCCUGGAGCUGUACAACGAGGAGGUUCUAGACCUGUUUGACUCAACGCGAGACAUUGAGGGCAAGAGGCAGAGAUCCAACAUCAAGAUCCACGAGGACGCCACCGGAGGCAUCUACACCGUGGGCGUCACGACUCGCACUGUUGCCUCUGCAGCUGAGAUGAUUCAGUGUCUGAAGGUGGGAGCUCUGUGCCGAACCACCGCCAGCACCCAGAUGAACGCACAGAGUUCAAGAUCCCACGCCAUCUUCACCAUCCACCUGUGCCAAGUCAGAGUCUGCUCUCCCGACAACGACGAGCACGCCUCGGACAACCGUCUAGCUGACGACACCGAGAUCAAUGAGUUUGAAACGCUGACCGCCAAGUUCCACUUCGUGGACCUGGCUGGUUCUGAGAGGCUAAAGAGAACUGGAGCUACGGGAGACAGGGCCAAAGAGGGCAUCUCUAUCAACUGUGGGCUGCUUGCUUUGGGUAAUGUCAUCAGUGCUCUGGGAGACAGGAGUAAGCGCUCCACUCACGUGCCUUACAGGGACUCCAAACUCACCCGGCUGUUACAGGAUUCACUGGGUGGCAACAGUCAAACGGUGAUGAUUGCAUGCAUCAGCCCGUCGGACCGGGACUUUAUGGAGACCCUGAACACGCUAAAGUACGCCAAUAGGGCCCGAAACAUUAAGAACAAGGUGAUGGUGAACCAGGACAAAGCCAGCCAGCAGAUCAGCGCCCUGAGGACGGAGAUAGCGCGGCUGCAGAUGGAGCUGAUGGAGUACAAGACGGGGAAACGUAUGGUGGGCGAAGAUGGCAUGGAGGGAAUCAACGACUUGGUCCAUGAGAACUCAAUGCUGCAAACGGAGAACAACAACCUGAGGGUGAGAGUGAAGGCCAUGCAGGAGACCGUCGACGCCCAGAGGGCCAGACUCACACAGAUCCUUAGUGACCAGGCCAACCAGGUCCUGGCGAGAGCAGGUGAAGGCAGUGAGGAGAUCGGGAACAUGAUUCAGAACUACAUCAAGGAAAUCGAGGAGCUCCGAGCCAAACUCCUUGAAAGCGAGGCUGUGAAUGAGAAUCUGAGGAAGAGUCUGUCUCGGGCCUCUACGCGCUCUUCGCUAUACGCCGGCUCCUUCUCCCAAACCCACCUCGUCCCCGAGAAGGAGGCCAGCGACGUCAUCGAGAUGGCCAAAAAGAGCCUGGAGAAACUCAAGAAGAAGGAGAGGAAGAAGAAGAAGAGACUGAGGCAACAUGAGGACAAUCCCCACCAAGAGGUUGAACACACCAGUGUUCUCAAGGAGGAAGUGCCAGACAACGACCAUGAGCGAGGCAACGACGAGGCAGAGGAGGGAAGCGACCACGAAGACGGCGAGGAAGCGGAUGGAGAGGAGGAGGACUUUGACACUUUGGGAGACGAGACCUCGGGCGACUCUGACUCAGAAGAACUGGAGGAGAAAGAAAACGUCCAGGCCGACCUGGCCAACAUCACUUGCGAGAUUGCCAUCAAGCAGAAGCUGAUAGACGAGCUUGAGAACAGCCAGAGGCGUCUGCACACGCUCAAACAGCAGUACGAGCAGAAGCUGACCAUGCUGCAGAACAAGAUCCGAGACACGCAGCUGGAGAGGGACAAGGUGCUGCAUAACAUGGGUUCAGUGGAGUCGGGUACGGAGGAGAAGGCUAAGAAGAUAAAAACAGAGUACGAGAGGAAGCUCAGCUCCAUGAACAAAGAGCUACAGAAGCUCCAAUCCGCUCAGAAGGAGCACGCCCGCCUGCUGAAGAACCAGUCACAGUACGAGAGGCAGCUCAAGAAGCUCCAGCUGGAUGUGACCGAGAUGAAGAAGACCAAGGUGGUGCUGAUGCGUCAGAUGAAGGAGCAGCAGGAGAGAAACAGAGCCUCGGAGUGCAGGAGGAACCGGGAGAUCGCCUCUCUGAAGAAAGACCAGCGCAGAGCUGAGCAUCAACUGAAGCAGAUGGAGGCCCAGAAAAGACAACAGGAGUUGAUUCUUCGCAGAAAGAAUGAAGAGGUGACCGCCCUCAGGCGGCAGGUGAGGCCCGUGUCAGGGAAGGUGAGCAGGAAGGUGAGCUUACCCGAGCCUCCCCAGGAGCCGGCUCAAAGACUUCUCCCUGGAAGGAUGCAAACCCCUGGAGCAUCCCCAGCCAAUGGACCGAGGAGUUCCCCGCUGCGGAUGGGAAGUAUCUACCUCAACAGGACAGCCAGGGCCAAAUGGCAGUCACUGGAGAGACGCGUCACCGAUAUCAUCAUGCAGAGGAUGACCAUCUCCAACAUGGAGACAGAUAUGAACAGACUGCUGAAGCAACGGGAGGAGUUGACCCGGCGGAGGGAGCGAGUGUCCAGAAAGAGAGAAAAGAUGGCGGUGGAGGGCGUCGACGCCGACCGCUCGCUGGCCUCCCUGAGCGAGGAGCUGGAGUCUCUGAGCGCUAACAUCGACUAUAUAAACGACAGCAUUGCAGAGUGCCAGGCCAAUAUCAUGCAGAUGGAGGAGGCCAAGGAGGAAGGAGACACGGGAGACGUUACUGCGGUGAUCAGUUCCUGUAAUUUAUCAGAGGCCCGCUUCCUCCUGGACCAUUUCAUGAACAUGGCCAUCACGAAGGGGCUGCUGGCGGCUCAGAAGGAUUCCCAGAUGAAGGUGAUGGAGGGCACUUUGAAGCAGACGGAGAUCAACAGCGCCACCCAGAACCAGCUGCUGUUCCACAUGCUGAAGGAGAAAGCAGAGAUCAACCCAGAGCUGGACGCUCUGCUGGGCAGCGCUCUGCAAGAGCUAGGUUACCUCUCACCAGAGAAUGGAGAUUGCAGCAGCAGUGACGAGUCCACCACCAGUCCAGCUGCAGAGGGCAGCUCACUGGCAACAGAUCUAAUGAAGUUAUGUGGUGAAACCAGACCAAGAAGCAAGGCUCGCAGACGGACCACCACCCAGAUGGAGCUUCUGUAUGCCGGCAGUGGGGAUCAGUCCUUUGAAUCAUCCACCGGAGACUUCCCAGGCCCUCUGCUGCCCCUCUCAGAGCGCCCUGAAGGGUCGGGAGACAUGCUGGGUCAAACGCUCGCUCAAACCCCUGACUGUGAACAAACUGCUUUCCCAUCUGCACUGUCUGCCAGGCCAGCUGGCUUUUGUGGAUCACGGUCACCCACGGGUACUGAGAGAAGGCCACUCGACCGCUCGCCCCUCAGCCGCAGGCGGGUGCAGGAGAAAGGAGCCACGGCAACGCACAUCCCAGCACCCACGCACAGCGCCCCGCAUGGCACCGGGGAGCCCAGAGCUAAAGGCAGCGACCACAAAGCACAUUUGGAGGAGUUGCCUGUAACAGAUGGCCACAGAGGUGUGAUCAACCCGUUGAAGAACAACCACGAGGCCAAACUUCAGUGUGUCUAUGUAGCAGAGGGGCACACCAAACCUGUUCUCUGUGUAGAGGCAACAGAUGAUCUGCUAUUCACUGGAUCCAAAGACCGCACAUGUAAAGUCUGGAACUUGGUGACAGGUCAGGAGAUCAUGUCUCUGGCAGAUCAUCCCAGCAGUGUCGUCUCAGUCAGGUACACUUCAAGUCUCGUCUUCACGGUUUCAACUGCUUACAUCAAAGUGUGGGACAUACGAGACUCUGCCAAGUGUAUCCGCACACUCACGUCGUCAGGACAGGUGGGCUCAGGGGACAUCUGCUCGUCCGCCAGGAGCUUAUCCAUCCCACCCGGAGAGAGUCAGAUCAACCAGAUCGCCCUCAACCCCUCUGGCUCCUUCCUUUACGCUGCUGCUGGCAAUGCUGUGCGCAUGUGGGACCUGCGCAAAUUUGUAUCCACGGGGAAACUCACCGGACAUUUGGGACCUGUAAUGUGUCUGACUGUCGACAAACUAGGUCACGGGCAGGAUGUGGUCCUCACUGGCUCCAAAGACCAUCAUGUUAGAGUAUUUGAGGUGUCAGAAGGGUCUCAGGGAAGCAUCAGCUCCAGCCAGACGUUUGAACCCGCCCAUCAGGACGGCUUGGAGUCUCUGGCCGUGCACGGGGACGUUUUCUACAGUGGCUCCAGAGACUUUCACAUCAAGAAGUGGGACCUCGGCAGUAAACGGCUGCUCCAGUCCGUCAGCGCCCAAGCAGACUGGGUCAGCGCUCUGGGCAUGAUGCCGGGCUCCCCGGUGCUCCUCAGCGGAUGCAGAGGAGGGCUGCUGCGCCUCUGGCACGCCGACUCGCUAGCGCCCCUCGGCGAGGUCCGGGGACACGAUAGUCCCAUCAACGGCCUGGCCACUAACGGGAACCAACUGUUCACCGCCUCAGAUGACCGCACAGUGAAGAUUUGGGAGGCCAAAGGUUCUCUGGAGGAUGGAGUCCACUGACACCUGAUUCCGGGUCUGAAAUACGGGAUCGUCUGUUGGCCUUUUAUCCAAUUAAAAUGUCUCAUUUGUGAAGCGGCUAUUUCCAAUGUUGGAUGGGAAGCCAAAGUGUGGGUACUGCUGAAGGCCAAUCUCUUUGAUCCUUGGCUGAUGAUUCUUAUUGGAUGCGACUGCUCUCAGUCUUUCAAGGUGUGCUGAUAUUUAAGAUCAAGACAAAUCAAAGUGGAGCCUCUCAAGUCGCCCGUAGAGCUCUGCUGAUUGCACAACAGCCGCAAUGGACAGCUUCUUGCGUGGCGGCGACAGAAGACAACAGAAUUAAAGUCGAAAUGCAAAUUUCUGUCUCAAUCGAUCCAGAGGCCUGCCAUGUGCUUUCAACAUUCCUCUCUUUAGUUCAGCAUGCAACAACAUGGCUACCUUCUAUGCAUAGCCUAUAGGGAAUUUUACCCUCAAAAAUCCUGGGCUUUGUUUUCUUGCCCCAAUUGUUGAUUACAGAGUCGUCAUCCCAAAACAAGACAUAGAUGUUUAUAUCCUGCUCCCUGCAAUUACUGUGAGACCAUCCUGUUUGUUCCAAAUAUGCGUGAUGUGUUAUGUCAUUGCUCUCCAGGUCGUUCAAUGGAAGCAAAGACCCAAUAACUGCUGAACAUGCAUAUGGUCUUAUCAUCAGCUGUUACUGCCAAACCCUACCGUGCAGAGCUUUUUUUAGAAUGGGAGGUGGGCUGCCUCGCGGUGGUACCAAACCGGAGCCUCGAUGACAACAUAUUACAAUUGUAUCCUUUAUCAAAAGGACGUCUUGUAGAACAACUUAAAAUCUGUGAUUUGGUUGAAGGGAUAGUUCAGAGGGACGCAAUAUUAGUUGGAAAAAAUAUGUAACUUUUUUCUCAGUAACUAUAACUAAUAAACGCCUCACUAUAGACCUUUUCUAUUUAUGCAUUUUAGUACUAGUCAAAAGUUAGGACACAAAUUCUGAGAAGAUGUGUCUAAACGUCUGACUGGUACAAUAUGCUUAGCUGUAAUUAAGGGUUUCUAUAGGAUCAAAUAACACGUUAUUUUUACUUAAGGCAUCCAGCAAUUGAGCAAAAUUGAGAGUUAUCCGGGGGAGAGCCUUUGUUAAGCUUUGUCCAACGGAGGGCCCACAGUCUCAGACUUAAAUCACUCCUGCUCUAGCAGAACUUUAUAGCCCUCUAGAUAGACAUACACUAAAUGGCUCCUUUUACAUUUCUCCUUAAAAUCUUAGAAUUGUAUUCCUAUGUGUGUAAGUCUAUGACAAUCUGAGUUUCUCCCGAUACCUUUUCCAAUAGCUAAAAGAGUAUCAAUGCCAGACAAAUGCUCAUUUUAUGAAAUAUUUAUGAGUCAAUUCAAAAUCUGUGUCCCCGCACAAUGUUAUGUGUACGGUUACAUGUCACUUCUUAAAAGUGGAUACGUUCAUGAAAACAGGCAUUGUGCUGCGCAUGUCAUAUUUGUACUGCAAGGUUUCUAAAUCAAAAUAUAUUGUUACAGUUCAAGCCAAUUAUGAAAGUCUUAGCAACGUUUAACUGAUUCAUGUAACACACACCCUCUGGUGACUGUUGUGUACAGAUAAAGAGCUUCCAUGUUGCGCUCCUCCCAAACCAAACCAACCUGUUCAACUACAUCGGCUACACGCCAUGCAUGUAUGGUUAUGACGUUUUUCUGACUGAUUUUGCUCUGCUCUGUUAAAUACGGUUCGAGUGAAGACACUGUAGGCUGACAAACAGACAGUGAGAGCUUUCUCUCUCAGGCUGUUGGGUGUCACGGGUCUUCCACUGAAUCUGUUGAUUUAGCUCUGGGCUCAGGAGUCAGUGGUACACUACACCGGAAUAGGAGGUCAGAGAGGCUGGAAGUUUAGAUGCACAACACAAUUUCUGUUCAAAGUCCUCUAAAUUGAACAUCUCAUCCAAAGAGGUUUUCUUUUCCCUCUGAAGGUAUUCCUGUGGAGGUUUUUAUCAUACUGAUACUGCUGAGUGAGUUUUAUGCUAAUUGUGGCAUCUAUAUGUUCCAAUCACACAUGACACACAUACAUAAAACCGUGAAUAAAUCCUUUAGAUGAGUCUAAAGUACUGCUAUUUAUUUAUAGUUAAAUUUUAUUUUGGAUGUUGCUGUUGUCUUCCUCAUCAGAUUUUUAUCCAAUUGCCAUUGAAUGCCUCUCAUAUUUCAGCACUGCUGGGAAUAGAUGGAUUUCUGCGUUGUCAGAGAUAUAUUGCCAGUGCCUGCAGUAAAUUCUAAACCACAUACAGAAUUGCUACAGAAUAAAUGUGAACUAUCCCUCAUUAAAAGGUCAAAAUCUCUUUUCAACCUAUCGAAAAAACACCUACACCUUCUUUUAUGUUGGCGAUGAAAAGUCAAUGGGACUAAAAUAAUUGCACUGAAUAUUUUUUUUGAUGAUUUGAUGAUGAUUUAGAUUUAUUUGAAUCAGUAUUUCCCCAAAAUAGAUGGUCAAAUAAAUUGGUUAGAAACUGUUUUUUUUUGUUCCUUUUGACUAAUUGCUUAAUUAGAAUAUAGAAAACAAACUAUGAGCAGAAGUUUUCCUAAUUCAGAAUGAAUCAGAUUGGCUGCUUGAAAUUAACGAUUGUAAUUAAUGAUCCUUCUAAUUGUAGCUAAAUUUAAAAGUAAAAAUACCAUGAACGGUAUACAACAGGGUUAGAUUAGAAUAAUUGAUUAGGACUGUUUUCUUCCUGCUGAUUCUCUUGUGCACAAUUUUAAAUGAUUUAUUUGGUGCAGUGGAAAAAUAAAUUUUGAAACGGAUGUUUUUGCAAGGGAUGUUUUUAUUUUUAUUCUUUUACCAUUUCUUUAAUCAUGUUUUAUUCUAGUGUGCAUGUGUCUGUGCGUGUGUAUAUAUGUGUGUGCAUAUAUACGUACUGAUACACAUGUAUCAGUGUGCGGUACUCAAACGCUACAACCACUUGGUGGUAGCACUGUAUGAUAAGGAGAUGUUUUUGAAUUCCCUUGAAAGUAUUGAAAAGACGUCUGAUCAUUUAAAAUGGUCAAUAGAAAAAUUGCAGGAACCUUUUUACUUUAUACAUACUUUAAUUUGUAUUCGUAAUUAUAUUCUUUAUGUGGCUCAGUGAUCUCCCAAGUGUCCACCUAAAUACUGGUUUUAUACAGAGUGAAAUAAGGGAGUACAGUCUCUAAGAAAAAUUAAAACACAGCCUCUAUAUACAGUGAGGAAAAUAAGUUAACAGACUGUUUAAUGUAAUUUAUGAUUAUGUCUCUCACGGUGGACAUGCAACUACGACGACAAUUUCAGGCCCCUCCAUGAUUUCCAAGUGGGAAAACUUGCAAAAUAGCAGGGUGUUCAAAUACUUAUUUUCCUCACUAUAAUAUAUAUAUAUAUUACGUUAUACAGUCUGUUAACUCGCAUACAUUUACAUAAUGCCAUUGACAAAUCCUAAUUCAUCUACUGCCGGUUUCACCUUUCCUUUCUCCUUUAAUUUUCUCCCAGCACAUUAGACACAGACAGAGGGGAAAAAGGUUGAAACUCCCCCUGAAGACACAAAUUAAUGGGAAAUGUGAUGGAAGAUCAAUAUUUUAUGUUCUUCUGUACAUAAAGCAGCAGUGUUACUUGGCUUAGCCAGCAGCGGCGGAGCGUUGACUCACAGCUGACUCGCUGCCUUAUUGGUGUUUGGUUGAACUUCUAUUGUACUUCUAAGUGCUUAAGGAUGACAUAACACACAGACCCUCCUUAUCUCUCUAUUGUUGGCUUUCUCUUCUGUUAAUGACGGGGAACGUAUAUGGGGGUUUUUCUAGGUGGGAUUGAUUUUUCAUUGUCAUAGCACCAAACCUUACUGUACUGUACCUACAUUCACACAAGCUAGUUAGUCAACUAACUACCAUUGUUUGUUUAUUGUAUGAUAACAUUUUUAAGUAUUGAAACUCAAACUAUUAGUGACGAUUAAAAGCUGGGUGGAUCAUAACCGUGA